AUAGGCAUUGAUUUUUGGCGGAUGAAGAGAAUUAUUGUAUUAAUCGUUCUGUACUCCUUAGAGAAAGACAUGCUUUUUUUUGCAAGAUGUAUAUUAAUGCCAUGGAGAUGGAAUAUAGUGGAAUGCAUGCGGGGAUUUAAUUAAGAGCAGUGGGGAUGGGAUAGAAGAACCAAAACACCUGCUCCCUUUAUAGCUCCUAGCCACUUGCUGAAGAUAUAUGCAUGAGUUGAACUGUUGAAGCUCUCUCUCCAAAAACACAAUAAGUUGCCUUUCCAAGUUAUGAGGAGGUGGCGGAGCUUUGGUACCUCCAGCUUUUGACUAGUGGUUUCUGUUGAAGAGAACAUGCUGAGUGUGAAUUGUCGAUCUUCCUCCUCUUCUUGCGCCUCUCCUUCUCACCUGAGUUUUGUAAGUGCUCCUGAGAAUGGACUGCCCGGAAGUAUACUAAAUAUGUCACCCAGAAUAUCAUCCUAUUUUUGUCCUUAUGUACAGUCCGAGAGAUCAUUACCUGACCAAGCUUCCCUGCGUUGGGAUUCCAAUAAGGAAUUGGGUUUUUCGAACAACUCUAUUCCUUCCUAUGGCACUCCAACUCCGAAGUCUUCCACGGAAUUGAGGGAGGAGAUUGCAACACUUGAAGUUGAAAUUAUGCAUUUGGAGCGUUAUCUUCUUUCACUCUAUCGGACAGCUUUUGAAGGGCAUCGACCCACGUUGCCAGAUACUCAUGGAUCCUAUUUACAAUACAAGAUAGGAUCAUCGCCAAAACUUUUAUCUAAUCAAUCACAUCAAAAUAUGGAGCCACGAGUAUCCAAAGAUGGUUUAGUCCAUCACGAUAAAAUGUCCCCUACAGGAUGGGCCAAUUCGGAUAAUCCGGGUCUUGUUGCACAUCUAAAAUCAAAAUCUAUUAAGGACUGGAAAAAUGCUGGUUCUGGUCAUCGCUGCCUAGCAGAUCACCUUGCUGCUUCAUGCAGUGAUAACACAUUUAGCUCUCCAGAUAGACUUUCUGAAGACAUCGUGAGAUGCAUAUCUUCAAUAUACUGCAAACUUGCAAGCCACCCUCCUACCCAUUCAGGCUUGUCGGCUUCUCCUAUUUCAUCCAUGUCGUCCUCAAGCAUAUUUUCUUCAAAGAAUGCCUGUGAUAGUUGGAGUCCACAUGGCAAUGAGGAUGCUGCUGUGCACCGUCAACUUCAAGGAUUAAAAGAAGAUUCUGGACCAUAUACUGCAAUGGUAGAAGUUCUGAAGAUAUGCUUAGAUGACGAUAGUUUCAAUUUCGCUGCCAAAAUGCUACAAGAUUUCAGGUCAUUGGUUCGAAGCCUCGAGAAGGUUGACCCGAGAAAGAUGAAACGUGAGGAGAGGCUUGCUUUCUGGAUAAAUAUUCACAAUGCCUUAGUGAUGCAUGCAUAUUUGGCAUAUGGGAUUCCUGAUCGUAUAAAGAAUACCUCCAUUUUGAAGGCAACGUACAAUGUGGGUGGGCAUUGCAUUAAUGCCCAUGACAUACAAAGCUCCAUUUUAGGAAUUCGAUCACACCGCUCAGCGCCGUGGCUGCAUACACUCUUGUAUUCGGGAAGGAAAUCCAAGACCGGGAGUAUUGGACAUGUAUAUGCCUUAGAGUACCCUGAGCCGCUAGUUCAUUUUGUGCUAUGUUCGGGUGCAUACUCUGAUCCAGUGGUUCGAGCCUACACAGCGAAGAAUAUAUUUCGGGAUCUCAGACUUGCCAAGGAAGAAUUCAUCCAAACAAGGGUCCGUAUCCACAAGGAAAUGAAGAUUUUCCUGCCAAAAGUCCUCUAUUACUUUGCGAAGGAUAUGUCACUAAGCAUGUAUGAGCUCUUGGAGGUAGUAUAUGAGAAUCUACCAGAAGUUCGACAAAAGGCUAUCAAAAAAUGCAUGAAGGGAAAGGUGGAUAAGUACAUCCAUUGGUUACCACAUAGCUCAACAUUUCGAUAUGUGAUCCACGGAGAAUUAGCCACAGCAAGAACAGUCUGAUCGGCCCUUAAUCUGUAUGUACAAGAGAUGUUAAAUCGUUUGUUUUCCGUUCAACCAAAUAAGGUGUAAAAUGCCAAGUUGUACAGGAGUAAUUAGAAAGAGAAAAACCACAGAAUUUUGGCCAUCCACUUCUUUGUACAUUCAUAUGUAGGUUGUUUGGAAGUUGUCCAUUAUUCCUAGUUGAGUUCAUGUUCCUGGAUUGAAUGUCAUUUUCAUAUUACAGUAACUAGUUAAGAACGAUUGUCUAGAGAGAAGACAAUGACAUGGAUAGAUCUCAUUUGAUUGCUUAAGA